AUGUCAACCCCCGUCGAACUCGAGAAGCAGGAGAGCAAACGAGAUGCCGAGAAGGAAAGCGAAGCGUAUGCCGACCCGUUCGGCGACGAGAGCACCGCCGCCGUGAAAUACAAGACGCUGGAAUGGUGGCAGUGUGGGAUGCUGAUGAUUGCCGAAUCCAUCUCGCUGGGCGUCUUGUCUUUACCUGCUACCCUGGCGCAACUGGGUUUAGUUCCAGCCCUCAUUCUGAUUGUCGGACUGGGGAUCAUAGCCCUGUAUACCGGAUUCGUGAUCGGACAGUUCCGGACUCGCUACCCACACAUCCAGAACCUGGCAGACGCCGGCGAGGUGCUCUUUGGCGCUGUCGGACGCGAGAUCUUCGGGCUCGGCCAGCUGCUCUUCUCCAUCUUCAUCAUGGGCAGCCACAUCCUGACGUUCACGGUGAUGCUGAACACCGUGACCGAGCACGGGACGUGCUCGAUCGUGUUCGGCGUGGUGGGCAUGCUGAUCUGCAUGGUGUGCUCGCUGCCGCGCACGAUGAAGAACAUGACCUGGAUCAGCAUGUGUUCGUUUGCGAGCAUCUUCACCGCCGUGCUGGUGACGAUGAUCGCCGUGGGGGUCCAGCAUUCGCACCGGGGCGUCUCGCCGCUCGUCCAGGCCACCGUCGAGAACAGUCUGUUCCGGGCGUUUUCCGCCGUCACCAACAUCGUCUUCGCCUACUGCGCGCACGUCGCCUUCUUCGGCCUCAUCGCCGAGAUGCGCGACCCACGGGAAUUCCCCAAAGCCCUGUGUCUGCUGCAGAUCUUUGAGAUCGUGCUGUAUGUCGUCGCCGCCGUCGUCAUCUAUCUCUACCUCGGGUCUGAUGUGGCUUCCCCCGCGCUGUCCUCGGCCGGUCCUCUCCUCAGCAAGAUCGCGUACGGCAUCGCCAUCCCAACCAUCAUCGGCGCGGGCGUCGUCAACGGCCACAUCGGUCUGAAAUACAUCUACGUCCGGCUGUUCCGCGGAUCCGGCCGCAUGAACAGCAACGGCUUCGUUGCCGUCGGUUCCUGGAUCGCCAUCGGCUUGUCUUGCUGGCUCGUCGCUUGGAUCAUCGCCGAGGCUAUCCCCAACUUUUCCGAUCUUCUCGGCUUGAUCUCCUCUCUCUUUGCCAGCUGGUUCAGUUACGGCCUCGGAGGCGUCUACUGGCUGCAUCUCAACUGGGGGCAAUGUUUCUCGUCCCCGCGCAAGAUCGCCUUGACGGUGAUCAACGUGUUGAUUAUUCUCAUGGGAGGGACCUUGUGUGGUCUUGGGUUGUAUGUGUCUGGCAAGGCAAUCCAUGAUGAUACUGGGAAUGCCAGUUUUUCAUGUGCCAACACAGCAUAG